UACUUCUCAUCGAACUCGCUCGAGCUCGUAUGUGAACACUUUACGGGCAUGUACAAAGAAACCUUCCUUCGUGGGUUCAUGCUUUUUCGCUGAAACUCAGAACAACUCUCUCUCUCUCUCUCCUGUCUUUCUCUCUCAACAUUCCAUCUGAUCAGCCUCACUAUUCCUUUAACCCCCAAAAACCCAACACACCACACGUAAAAUUUCACCAAACAAUCCACACCCAUCUUCAAAUUCACUUCCAAUUCCACCCUAUUGUUCCACUCAACAGAUCCAUACUUCUCACUACAAACCCAUCAAGCUAAAGGCGUUUGUCUCUGUUUUCCCUACCAAUUUUCACAAUCUCUCGUCCCCAAUGAUUCAUUAUUGAAUGCAGUUUAGAGAGAGAAAGUAGAUACACACACACAUACAUACAUAUAUACACAAAUAUAUAUAUAUAUAGAGAGAGGGAGGAUGAUGAUGAUGGGUCACAUGGUGGAAGUACGGAGGGAAACAAUAGCGCCAUGCGUGACAUGCCCUCUCUGUAACAAGCUCUUGAAGGAGGCCACCACAAUAUCUCUAUGCCUUCAUACGUUUUGUAGAAAGUGUAUAUAUGAGAAGCUCUCAGAAGAGGAGGCUGAUUCCUGUCCUGUAUGCAAUAUCAAUUUGGGCUGCAUUCCAGUGGAGAAACUUAGGCCAGACCACAAUUUGCAAGAUAUAAGGGCUAAAAUCUUCCCUAUCAAAAGAAGAAAGAUUAAGGCUCCUGAAGUCUUACCUUCGAUUUCACUUCCUUUAAAAAGGAAGGAGAGAUCUCUAUCAUCAUUGGUGGUCAACACUCCCAAAGUGUCGAUGCAGGCUGGAGUGACUGGAAGGAGAACAAAAUCUGUUACGAGAAAGGCUGCUGCUCUACGAGGAUCCAGUUUUUCCAUUGAGGAACCAAUUAAGAAAGAGCAAGAUCUUAAGGAAGAUUUUCCAGAGAGCUCAAGCUCACCUGAGACUGUAAACAAAAUUAUUCAGCAUAAAAGACAGAGCUCUUCCACAAGCGACCUUAUUCACGAUCAAAAACCAAAUAAAGAUACAGGGAAUGAUGCUGAAGCAUGGGAAGGGAAUGUCGAUUUAUGGAAACCCUUAAAUUAUCUUGUUGAAGUUGCAAACAGAACCAAGCCUUCUAAACUAAAUUCACAAGGCUCAUCUCCUAUCAAAACAGAACUGCUCAAUGCUACUGACUGUGACGCACAUGUUCCUAAAAGCAAGGUUAAGGAGCAUCAGCACAAAGCAAAAGUUCAAGAGGACAAGAACAAGCCAACCUUGCUUCAAGGACCAGUGAAACGUAGAAGGUUGCGUGCUGUUGGUCGAAAAAAUGCAUCCAAUGGGUUGGGUCCCUCGCCACAGGCCAUGCUUGAUGCUAAGGGGGCUAAGCAGAACAGAAGAAACUAUCCCAUUUGGUUCUCACUGGUGGCCUCAGAAGAUCAGGAAGGAGAUGUUACAUUGCCACAGAUAUCUGCAUGUUACUUGAGGAUAAAGGAUGGUAAUUUGCCUGUCUCAUUUAUCCAAAAGUACCUCGUAAUGAAACUUGAUCUUACAAGUGAAGCUGAGGUGGAGAUAACGUGCCAGGGUCAGCCGGUGCUUCCGACAUUGCAACUACAGAACUUGGUAGAUUUGUGGUUGCAGACAGCUUCAACAUCAAGAAGGAUACCCGCAGCUGUCGGCAGCUCAGCCAAAGACUUUGUGAUGGUCCUGUCGUAUUCUCGAAAAGUCCAAGCACCAUAAAAUAAUCCUCUUCUUUUUCGUUCUUCUAAUGUCGGUUUUUUUUUUCCCUCUAAUGUCAUAUAAUAAUCUUCGUCGGAUCUCAACCGCCCUCCGUAAACUCAAUGUCUUGAUUCAUAUUUAUGUAUCAUGCAUGUGGUUGCAUGUAUGAGUAGUUAUUUGAUUUCAUUUAUACGUUGAGUUGUAUGUGUUAUAUGCGAUGUAUACCAUAAUUUGUUGUUGUAGUUCUAUAUGGGGGGUACUUGCAACUUGCAAUUUGCAAUGUUCUACAAGGAAUUAACACUGAGCUUUAUAAUAAAUCCGUUUUUCUUAA